AGAUAUUAAUUAAAAUUUACAAUUUCAUUGAUGUUCGUCAAUCUUGCUUGGAAGACUGCGGUGGUCGUGAGGGUUUUAGGUGGGAACGGAUUUUCUGUUAGGCUUGUCGGAUCCAACACCGAAUUCAGAGUCCCUAAAUCUCAUCUGAGGUUUCGUCAGUGUUGGAAAGACGGUAGAUGGUUCCUUAUUGGAAAGGGUUCUGGAAAUUCUACUGUGUUGAAGGUGACGAGGCAGAUUGAGGCUGCCAUGGAGCCUUAUGUCGGUGCUGAUGGAAUUCGAAAGUCUCCCAUGAUUUCGGAAGGUGCGCUGAAGAGAAGAUCUUCCCCUUGCUUGUCAGGUGCUGAAUACCAUGCCGUGGCAAAGAAGAUUAGAUUGAUUGUCAAAGAUGGUAGUACUGGUGCACGAUCACUUCUACUGCAUCCAUCUCCCUUCUCUGAAAAGGUAGAUGCACUUGUUACCCAGUAAAAAUUGCUGGGUGAGAAAGAUAUGCAUGCUUCUUUUCAUGAUAGAACUACUAUGUGGACCGGAAUGGAUGUGUCUAGUGAAAAUAAUAGAAUAGAUAUUGAUAUUCAUAGUUGUGCAUCUUCUGUUGGUAGUUGUAGCAGUGAGGGGUAUGAUAUUGAUAGGUUGCCUUUUGGUUUUAGAACAUACCAUACUGAGAAGAACGUAGAUGAUUAUUCUAGUGAUGCUGAAUCAGGUUGUGGAGAUAGGUAUGGAGAAGGAGCUUGUUCUCUUUCCACAAAUGUGGAACUGAGAACAGAUAUCCAUAGGUCAGAGCUACAUGCCUAUCGCCGUGCUAUUCAGGCAUUGUAUGCUUCUGGACCUCUGAGUUGGGAAGAUGAAAUAAAGAUGACAAAUCUACGUAGUAGACUCCACAUUUCAACUGAUGAGCAUUUGACAGAGUUAAAAAAUUUGAAAUACAAUCAAACUGGACCCUCCCUUUGCUGUUAUUAGAUUUUCUUUUAGUUUCAUAAUUUCGUUUUGUCCCCCCAUGUGAAGUUUUGUAAGCAAAAGGAAUGCCAAAUACUGUAAAAGUCAAUGGAAGUGUACAAAAUAUUCUUUUUCUGUCUAUUUGCACAACGUGUUAUUGGAUCAAUGUGCAAUAGUUCAUUUUUAAUUUCAGCAUUGUGAACCACAACUGUUAACUGUGGAAAUUAUUAAUGAGCAACAUCAUCUAGUUCUCCUGUCAAAAAUUGGCAAAAUGCAUGGUCAGGUUUCAUGAUAUCAAUUUCAAAAGUUUCUGUGAGGCUUGUAAAUUUUGUAUUUUCUCUCUUAAGCAUCACCGAAUUUGAAAUCUACA